GAAGAACGAGCCGGAAAAACAACACAGGAGGCGCGCGCUGCUGAAAAUUAACAAGCUGGAAAACUUUCGCACGAGUUGUCUUUAUUCGAGGACCUUUUUAUCACCUAAAUAUUCAAAGUUUGGGCCGCUGUAGGGCUUAAUAACCGGGGUCGGCCGUUAACCGACUAAAUCCUCACCUUGGCACAGAUCAGUCCAGAGACAUGUCACGACAGAUGGGAGACAGCCAUCGACGGUUCCUACAGACCAUGAUGGCCAAUGGCAUCGUUGAUGAACAAGGGGCGAAGAAACUCUAUCAAUAUUGUUGUGAAACCCACAACACACAGCACACCCCUGACAAACUGGAUGAUUUCAUUGAUACCAUCAACUCAAAGCUCCAGCCCAUGUUCAUGCAGAUUAGAAAAGGGAUGUCUGAAGACAACGGUCACCAGUACUACGCCUUGGUGAACAUGACAGAGACUGAUGUCACCAGGAUGUCCUCAGACUAUGCUGACAAUGAGUUGGAGCUGUUCAGGAAAACGAUGGACCUGAUCGUGGGCUCUGAGAAUGGCAAGGCCUCCUCCACUGAUAUUCUGAACAGCGCCGACACCCUGACCAGCAAAAAGCUGAAGAAGAGCGAGACAGAGCACCUCUUGAGCCGCCUGGUGCAGGACAAAUGGCUCAGUGAGAAACGGGGUGAAUACACGUUGUCCACCAGAUGUAUUAUAGAGAUGGAGCCAUACAUUCGCACAAUGUAUCAGGAGCAAGUCAAAGUGUGCCACAUCUGUCGCAACAUCGCUUUCCAGUGCCAAAUUUGUGAGAAUCCUACAUGUGGCAUAAAAAUACACAACCCAUGUGUGGCCAGAUACUUUAAAGGACGAGCAGAGCCGCGGUGCCCAGCUUGUGAAGACUUUUGGCCACAUGAAAUCCCCGAAGUCAGACGGCCCCAGUCUCAGUCAAGAAGAUGAGGACUUUAACAUCAAAUUUGUUUUUGUUUGGUCAUUUUUUUGUGUACUUUUAAUAUAAUUUGUACUAAACCUUUAACUGUUAAUAUAAUUCUUUUUCAGAGUUUUUAUUCUUUACAUAAAAAAAUAUUUGUUCAAGUGUUUAUUUAAACAAAAUCAUUAUCAAACAACCACCUGAAUAUUUUUUUCCAACCUUUGGAAACGUUUUGUCAUUUCCUUCUGGAUUGUUCCCUUCUUUGUGACACUUGAAGCUCUGUUAUUAAGAACAUAAUAAAACCUCUCAAAAUGUAA